GUUGUAAUUGUUUACAAAGUGUACUUGGGAAAAAUGAUGUACUUAAAUACAUAUUUAUGACAUAUUUGGCAUAAGUUUAUGACAUAAUUUGAUUUGCGUGUACUAACAUUAAAAUACACAGUUAAACAAUAUGCAAAAUAGAAAGACAUUACCAUGAACUCAUAAAACAAGAAGAAAUUUAAAUUUAUCAUGCAUUCAGUGAUUCCAGCUCCUUUUGCUCCUCAAGUAGCCCAUAGAACCCAAGCCCGAGAAAGGCUGAGAAAUGGAAUUGCAGCUUCAUUUAGCUCAUUGCUUAUCAUGCUUAUAGUCAUAGCUUUAGCCCUCCCAAAUUGGUAUUUGCUGAAAGGGGGUGGAUGUAGUCGUCAAACUCUUGGUGCUGAAGAAUUCUUCUAUGCUGGGUCUUUCAAAACUGUGACAGUUCCAAGUGUGGAAAAAAAUGUUUCCUAUUCCAUGUUUACUUACUAUGGAUUAAAUGAAGGAUUAAAAGACUGUGUUACACCAGAAAUAGUUGUAGUUCAAAGGGUCAUCAUAGCUUUAUGCUUCCUUACAAUUUUCUUCAGUUUGUGUCAAUUUUAUUUUGAUGUAACUGGAGUUACAUUAAAAAUGCUAAAGUGCACUAAAAGGAGUGGUCUUGGCAGUAUUUUAUCAGUGAUAACUAUUGUUGUGAUUAUCGGCCUGUGCUACCAUGUGUCAGAGCUCAUGGAAAGGCAGCAAGAAAUGACCAAACUCUAUCCUGCCACAAGGAUUGAAAUAGCGUUUGGAAUGAGCUAUUACUUGAUAGCAGCAGCUGGUAUUGUUGCUGUAUUAGCUACAGCAUCUAACCUCUUUCGUUGUGAUCAUUUAUCAGGGAAUUCAGACAUUAAUGUACUAUUAGAUGAUCAGAAUGAGGAAGAAACUUUUUCUUUCUCACUACCAAAUUCGCAUUCAUUUCCUCAGGUAUCUGACCAAAGUGCUUACUUACAAGAUCUACCCCCUCCGCCUCCAUACACUCCUUAA